AUGGCUACAGCGGGAGACGAAAGUCCUGCACGACGGAGAUCCCGAUCGAGAACUAGGUCACCGUACAGGCCACUGGCUCCCAUCAGUGAGAUGGAGGCACAGAGCCUCUACGAGAAUGGUGUGCCGCCCUCGCUGGUGAGACACAUCGGCCAUGCGAUGAGAGCAAUUGACCAUUACAAAAGACAGGAUGCUGGCUGGACGACUGCAGUGUUACGUGAGACACUGCAGGAUACAGUGGAUGCUUUCACCAGAAUGAUCGAGGUACUUGACGUGCGGUUGGCGGAGACACCAGUCAACAGAACACCGCCGGACGAUGAGAGGAGAGAACUUCUGCACUUGAUUUCAGAUGCUGCACGUAACAUCCCUAAAGCAUCGGUGCAGAUAAUCCAGAAUCGUUUGGAACUGGCAUGGCUGGAUCCACACACGCUUCCCUUGCAAGCCCAACCACAGCACCGCUGA